AAUAUAUAGUAAGGGGAAUCCUUUUGGCUUAUAAGCCGGCCUAAUAAUAAUAUAUGACCAAUUAAAAGAGUUUCAUUGAGAAAAUCAUGGAGUUGCAAUUAUCGGCUAUGUAAGAAUAAUGUUUGUGGAAUCUCAUCUAAAAUUGAAACUACCAAAAGGGUGUUUAUCAGCUAUAAAGAAAUUUCUUCUUCACAUAAUCAUAAGGUUGAAGCAAUGGUUGAUGAAUAUAGAAGUAUGGUGGAGAACCCAUCACCAAUGGGAAACGCAACAAAUCACAUGAUGCUGGGAUUUCUUGCUGGAAUUUCGACAGUUAUGUUAGUUGCUGUCAUAUUGUUCUGCCUCUUUGGAACAAAGCUCACUGCACUUUUCAAACAACAUAGGACUUUGAAAGGUAAAGAGUACAAAAGCUUCAAAGAUGAAACAAUGCCGCUAAGGCGUUUUACCUUUGAUGAAAUAGAGAGAGCUACCAAGAACUUUAGCCAAGAAUUCUUACUUGGUUCUGGUGCAUUUGGAAAUGUUUACAAAGGAAAUUUUGAAUUAGAAGGAACUUUAGCCAUUAAGAGAGCUCACGGUGAAUCCUUCUUAAGCGUCGAUGAAUUCCGAAAUGAAAUUAGGCUCCUUGCAACUGUAAAGCACAGAAAUCUUAUUGGUCUAGUGGGGUAUUGUGAAGAACCAGAAAGAUUUGGGGCAAGAAUUCUGGUAUAUGAAUAUGUACCAAAUGGCUCUCUGCUUGAAUAUAUGAUUGGAAACAAGAAUAGCUUGACUUGGAAGCAAAGAGUGAACAUAGCAAUAGGAGCAGCUAGAGGCAUAGCUUAUUUACAUGAAGGAAUAAAGCCGAGUAUAAUUCAUCGUGAUCUUAAACCAAGUAACAUCCUAUUAGGGGAAGGUUUCGAGGCUAAGGUCUCGGAUUUCGGGUUGGUGAAAUCCGGCCCUAUCAAGGACCAAUCGCAUGUGAGUAGCCAAAUCAAAGGGACACCAGGGUAUCUUGAUCCGGCAUAUUGUUCAAGCUUUCACGUGACAAAAUUCACUGAUGUUUAUAGCUUUGGUGUCAUACUUCUUCAACUUGUUUCAGCUAGACCUGCUGUUGAUACAAAUGAGGUACAAAGCAAGCAACAUAUAAUUGAUUGGGCAAGCCCUAGCUUAGAGAAGGGUAAUGUUGAAGAAAUCAUAGAUGCAAACUUGCUAUGUCAAAGUGAGCCAUGCAAUAUGAGAGUUAUGCUGAAGAUGGGUCAACUUGCUUUAAGAUGUGUGGUUCAAGAACCAAAAAGUAGACCUACAAUGAUUCAAGUGUGUCAAGAACUAGAACAAGCACUAUACUCUGAAGAUACCUUCAACAACAAGCAACAUUCUUCAAAGGGUUUCCCUAAAUCAAUUGGAUUGUCUCAGCAAUCAUCAGUGGAAAAGAAUGAUAGCUUUGUGAGCAUAGAUGGUGUUGGACUUCAGAAAUUCCAUAUUGAUAUGGAUAGCUUAUCAUUUCAGAGCACAAGGUUAAUGUGCCUAGAAAAUAAUAGUAUAAGUAUUGACAUUGAUAACAACAACUUGAAGAGAAUUCAAGAGGAUGGGGACAUAUAAAGAUAUAAUUAAUUAAGACCUUAGAUGAAUUAUAUAUUUUCAUCACUCUUCCUAUGUUUGAAUGGAGAAUAUUUUUGAACAAUUUGUAUAGACAUGCCCAUAUUAAUAUGGUGUAAAUUAAAUGAUUAUAGUUGUGCAUUUAUUUAGAAGAAAAAAGACAUAAUGAGAGAAUUUUAUUUUUGUAUUAACAUGUGCAAUGUUCAAAUAGUUUAAAAUAAUUUAUGAAUGGCUCAAUGUUAUAAAUACAAGGUUUUUGCUGGAAUUUUAAAAGUAACAAGAUUUUUUUUUUUUUUAGAAUUAUAUAUCAUUGCUUAUUUUCUUUAUUUCCUUUUCUCAAAUGUGAUGACUUCUAUUCUUUAUUUGUUUCCACUCUUCUAUUCCUGAAAUAUUUAAAAAAAAUUAAAACAAAUUAAGAAAAAAUACACCAUAUUGCUAGGUUUAAAAUUGUAUAGGUAAUUAGGUAUGAUGAAAAGUUGAAAAAGCACAUGCAUUUAGCCUUGUAUCAAUCUUAACCUAAGAAAAACAAUAUCAACAAUCCAUAGAAAACUUGUGACAUUUAUCAAUGUAACUUUGCUAUUGAGAACAACAAACUAGCUAUUCAAUAUAUAAACACAAAAUCGGAUUUGUAAUCUGCAAAUUCUUCUCUUCAAUGUUUACAAGUUCGAGUCCUAAAAAACAUUGCUAAAACUUGAAAAAGAAAGUCAUUAUUUCUCGAAUCACAUUCAGAUUUUAACAGUUAAUGAUAUAAUCAUUUAUAUAUCUCUUCCUAUCAGCUUAAACUUUCAAGAAAAGUGACUUCAUAACAAAGGGAUAUAAACAUUAGAAAACAAUACAAGAAAAUAAAAAUAGUUUUGUAAGGCAUAAGAAUGAUCUAAAAGUGUGCACAUAAUUUACAGAACAUCACUCCAUAGAAUGAUGAGAAAAGAUUAUGACUGAAUGAUCAAAUAUCCAAUGUCACCUUUUGGGUUUGGUGUUCUAUUUUCCAAAGAUGCUUUUUCUCCCUCAGGCAUUAAGCUAACAUAUCCCAGGUUACUUGUUACAUUGCAUUAAUUGACCAAAUGU